AUGGCAGACUCCGACGACGACCAAGUUGGCAUUCCUUUGAUCGAAGAUCUGUCCGAUUGGUCCCCGCCCGCCGCGAAGAAAUCUUCAAAAAGAAAAAGAGAAGGAAAUGAAGAGGAAGGGCUAGCGGACAAGAAAGCAGCGAAGAAGAAGAAGAGGACGAAGAAGAAGCCGCAAGAUGUUGAAGAUGAGGCACUGGAUACCAAACUGGGGAUCAAUCAUGCCAUCGCACACAUGGACAGCCGCUUGAUGGCGGACCACAUUGCUCAGAGGACUCGACGAUUUCAGCCAGAUUUGAGUCUGGUGGAGGCUGAGGAUAUUCAUAUUUCUGACAAAGCAAUCGCCGACACCACCUCCUUCGACAAACAACGGACCAACGACAACCUCCCAGCAUUCCUCGAGAAGUUCGCGCCGUCGAGAAUAAAGAAGAAGGGCGCCAAGCUAUCAGAUGCGCCGAAAGAGGCAGGCUCUCCACAUACACUUGUCGUCGCAGGCGCGGGACUUCGUGCUGCAGACUUGGCUCGGGCUCUUCGCAAAUUCCAGACCAAGGAGUCGAUGGUAGCGAAGCUGUUCGCCAAGCACAUCAAGCUGAAAGAAGCGGCUGAGAUGACGAAAAAGACGAGAAUGGGAAUCGGUGUGGGUACGCCGCAACGGUUGAUCGACCUGCUGGAGGAUGGCGCAUUGUCCACAAAACACCUCGAGCGAAUUGUGAUGGAUGCUUCUCACAUUGACCAGAAGAAGCGUGGUGUUCUGGACAUGAAAGAGUUGCAGGUGCCACUCGUGCAGCUGCUGAACAAGGCGGAGUUGAAGGAGCGCUAUGGAUCAGGCGAGGGGAGGGUAGAGUUGCUCUUCUUUUAA